AUGAAUAGAAGUUGGAUUCAAGCACCCCGCAUAAGCGAUGAGUAUGAAAAGGGGGUUGAAGAUUUCUUGAAGUUUGCACAACAACAUGCACCAGCUGUGGGUGGAAAGUAUUUCUGCCCGUGCGUAAACUGUGUGAAUGGAAGGCGUCAGGCAUUAGUUGUCAUUAGAUCACAUCUAAUUUGGGAUGGCUUCAUUCGGAGUUAUACAAAUUGGAUAUGGCACGGUGAAUUGCCAGAGGUGUCAUUACCUACCGACAAUGAGGCGGUAUCGUUAGAAACCGGAGAUCGAAUGGAAGACAUGAUACGUGAUCUUGGGCAAGAGGGAUUUUUGGAAGCUCAUGCACCCUAUUAUGAAGAUUUGGAAACAGAUUCCAAGUUACCAUUGUACUUGGGGUGCACAACCUUCACUCGGUUAUCUGCAGUGCUAGCUUUGGUCAACUUGAAGGCUAGAUUUGGGUGGAGUGACAAAAGUCUAACUGAGUUGCUUGUCUUAUUGAAGAAUAUGCUUCCCAAUGAUAACAAGUUACCAAAUAGUCACUACGAGGCUAAGAAGAUAUUAUGUCCUGUGGGUCUGGAGUACAAGAAGAUUCAUGCUUGCCUUAAUGAUUCCAUAUCCAACCCUCGUCCAGCAAAGGUUUAUUGGUACCUUCCAAUUAUACCAAGGUUUAAGCGAUUGUUUGCUACUGCAGACGAUGCUUCUAACCUUAAAUGGCAUGCAGUUGACAGAAUAAAUGAUGGGUUUCUCCGACAUCCAGCUGAUUCUCCACAGUGGAAGACAAUUGAUCACUUGUAUCCUGAAUUUGGAGCCGAACCAAGAAACCUUCGACUUGGUCUUGCUUCGGAUGGCAUGAAUCCAUUUGGUAACUUGUCCACUAAUCACAGUUCAUGGCCUGUGUUGCUAAUGAUUUACAACCUUCCUCCUUCGUUAUGCAUGAAGCGCAAAUACAUUAUGUUGUCUAUGAUGAUAUCGGGUCCAAGACAGCCAGGAAACGAUAUUGAUGUGUACCUUACUCCUUUGAUUGAAGACAUGCGCAAGUUGUGGGUAGACGGGGUUGAUGUGUAUGAUGCAAACCAGGGUGAGACUUUUAGGUUGCAUGCGAUGAUAUUUUGCACCAUCAAUGACUUUCCAGCUUAUGGGAAUUUGAGUGGAUAUAGUGUGAAAGGUCACCAGGCUUGUCCUAUUUGUGAGCAAAACACAAGUUUCAUCCAACUUAAACAUGGGAAGAAGACAGUUUAUACACGGCAUCGUAGGUUUUUAAAACAUUAUCACCCCUAUCGACGAUUGAAGAAAGCAUUUAAUGGUAGCCAAGAGACUGAAGAACCCCCAGAACCGUUAGCUCCCCAUGAAGUGUAUGAUCGGGUGAAAGACAUCGUAACUGUUUUUGGUAAGACACAGCGGAAGGAUCAUGCAAACAAGAACAUUUGGAAGAAAAGGUCAGUGUUCUUUGAUCUUCCUUAUUGGACCAAUCUACAUGUUCGGCAUUGUCUCGACGUUAUGCAUGUGGAGAAGAAUGUUUGUGAUAGUUUACUUGGCACCCUUCUUAACAUCAAAGGAAAGACAAAGGAUGGUCUGAAAUGUCGACAGGAUUUGGUUAAUAUGGGUAUACGAGAACAGUUACAUCCGCAAUCACAAGGUCAGCGAACUUAUUUGCCCCCAGCAUGUUACACAAUGUCAACUAAGGAGAAAAAACAAUUUUGUCAUUGUCUUAAAAAUGUGAAAGUCCCACAAGGAUACUCUUCCAAUAUCAAGAGCCUUGUGUCAGUUAAUGAUUUGAAGUUGGUUGGCUUGAAAUCUCAUGAUUGUCACGUGUUAAUACAACAAUUGUUGCCAGUGGCUGUGCGUGGUAUAUUGCCUGAAAAGGUAAGGGUUGCAAUCAGCCGCUUGUGCUUUUUCUUUAAUGCAAUCUGUCGUAAGGUCAUUGACCCAAAACAAUUGGAUGAUUUGGAGAACGAGGCAGCCAUUAUCCUAUGUCAAUUAGAAAUGUACUUUCCUCCAUCGUUUUUUGACAUCAUGGUUCACUUAAUUGUUCAUCUUGUACGUGAGAUUCGGUUGUGUGGACCCGUGUUUUUACGAUGGAUGUAUCCAGUUGAACGUUACAUGAAGGUGUUGAAAGGAUAUACAAAAAAUCCAUAUCGACCAGAGGCUAGCAUUGUUGAACGAUACGUUGCUGAGGAAGCUAUUGAGUUUUGUUCACAAUAUAUAGAAAUGGCUACACCAGUGAGACUUCCUCAAAGUCGUCAUGGCUCCACCAUGGAAGGUAGGGGCACACGGGGGUUCAAUGUUGUAACCAUGGAUCGCCAACAGCUGGCACAAGCUCAUCUAUAUGUAUUACACAACACAGCUGAGGUAAUCCCUUACAUAGAUGCUCACAAACAACAUCUGUGUCGUAUUCACCCAAAAAUGAACAUGAUGAGGUUGUUGCAAGAGCACAAUAGAACUUUCAUAUCGUGGUUUAGACAAACAAUCUUCGCCAAUGACAGUGCUUCAGACACAUUAAGAUUGCUAGUUGUAGGUCCAAAUAUGAAUGUUCCAACUUGGAAGGGAUAUGAUAUCAAUCAGUAUUCUUUCUACACAAAGUCCCAGGAUGAUAAAAGUAGUGUGCAGAAUUGCAGGGUCAGUGUUGAUGGUCAAUCAGAGCACUUUUGUAGUGUUGCUGACAAUAAUCCCAUUGAAGCUUGCAUGCCUUACUAUGGAGUCAUUGAAGAGAUUUGGGAGGUUGAUUACGGUGAAUUUAGAGUACCUCUUUUCAAAUGUAAGUGGGUCAAUGGAAACACAGGUGUGCGUAAAGACAAAAUGGGAUUCACUUUAGUAGACCUUAAAAAAGUUGGUUACAAGGACGACCCAUUCAUAAUGGCAGCGCAAGCUCGACAGGUGUUUUAUGUAGAAGAUCCAUGCGACUCUAGAUGGGCAGUGGUUUUGCAAGGGAGAACAAUUUUUAUCGGUCACCAUGUUGAUGGAUCAACACUUGAUGUCACUGACAUGCCAUCUUUCUCCAAAGAUAUGCCUUCAAGUACUAUUCAACAAGAAGAGGAUGAUGUAUAUGCAAAUCGUACUGAUCAUGACGAGGGUUUAUGGGAGAACAUUCCUACGGCCAUGGCAACACCACCACCGUCCCCGCCACAAUCAGAAAACCCUCCUGAGGUUACUUCGAAAAGGACAAGACAAUCCACGAGGCUCAGAAGUUUGACGUCUAGAUGCUUAGAUGGCCCACGGCCAGUUGUGAACGUGAAUCUGGCUACAGGUAGAGAGUCAGGGCCUCAUAAAGAGAAAUUUCACAGUUAUUUAGGGGUUGUCGCAAGGGAAAAAGUUCCUAUUGUACACGCGAAUUGGAAUGUUGUCCUCGACAAUCUAAAGAGCUUAAUAUGGAAAGAUAUUUUGCGCAAAUUUGAUAUCCCUGAAGGUGAAAAUGCAAAAAAAAAAGGUGAUGUCGACAGUUGCAGCAAGAUGGAGGCAAUUUAA